AUGCAUCAUGGUAUAUGUCGAGGAGAAAUGCAUAAAGGCCAUCUGCGUGUUGAUGCGAAUGUAUCCCUGUCACAUGGAGGGAAUAAAGGAGUUAGAACUGAGGUGAAGAAUAUCAACAGCUUGCGGCAUUUACAUACUGCCAUCAAUUUUGAGAUUAAUCGGCAAUAUGAAGUGAUAUCGAGUGGAAAUAGAGUGGUCAACGAGACAAGGACAUGCGAUGAACACGGGUGA